GUGAUAUGAUCCUUGACCAGUCUCUCAAAGCGCUUCAUGAUGACAGAAGUGAGUGCUACGGGGCUAUAGUCAUUUAGUUCAGUUACCUUUGCCUUCUUGAGUACCGGAACAAUGGUGGACAUAUUGAAGUAUGUAGGGACAGCAAGAGAUUGAAUAUGUCUGUAAACACUCCGGCCAGAUGGUCUGCGCAUGCUCUGAGGACGCGGCUAGGGAUGCCGUCUGGGCCAAUUUAUUACAUUCUUCCAAAUAGUAAAAGUGUGUAUUACCAUCACAUACAAAGAUGCCAGAAAACUGUAUUCCUUCCGAAUGAACAGCCUCCCUAAUGUAUCCAUCCAGUGAGCCUGAGCAGAAGCCUGAGGUAUUUCUGUGUUUGGGAUACAGCCUGAGAUUUUUUGGGGGGUAAUUCGCAAAUUACUUUGACUUCGGUGAGGACCCGUAGGGAGGAUAUCUUGUUACCAGGGCAGCCAGGAAGAAGCUACGCCACGGGGAUAGCUAUGUCCAAUGACAUGCCAAUCACUGGCUUCAUCCCUAGGAGCAGCAAUGACCAUCUGGAAGGUUUAGUUUAGUAAGGCCACUGUGGAGUGCCUGGUCCAGAGCCACCAUCACCAUGGGUACAGCCUCCUCCCUGGUGAGCCCUGGGGAGGUGAUAGAGGAUGCGUAUGGGGGCGAGGGUGGGGAGGCCUGUGAGAUACCUGUGGAGGUCAAACCUAAAGCCCGCCUCCUGCGGAGCUCCUUUCGCCGAGGGCCCAGGGUGAUUGGGGCCAGCUUCAAAUCUACAGGCUCUGUGGACCUGGAGUACACCGCCGAAUACGAACGGCUCCGCAAGGAGUAUGAGAUUUUCCGGGUCAGCAAGAACAAUGAGAUCACCUCCAUGCAGAAGAAGGAGGCCAAGCUGGACGAGGAGAACAAGAGGCUGAGAGCUGAGCUGCAGGCUCUGCAGAAGACCUACCAAAAGAUCCUGAGGGAGAAGGAGAGUGCCCUGGAGGCUAAGUACCAAGCCAUGGAGAGAGCUGCCACCUUUGAGCACGACAGGGACAAAGUCAAACGACAGUUUAAGAUCUUCCGGGAGACCAAAGAGAAGGAGAUCCAGGACCUGCUGCGAGCCAAGAGGGACUUGGAGGCCAAGCUACAGCAGCUGCAGGCUCAGGGCAUCAUGGUGUACGACCCGGACGACUCGGAUGACGAUGACAACCACACCACUGUCACGGCUGCAGGGACUCCGUGUGAUUACUGGGGUGGUGGAGUGCUGGGCAGUGAGCCCUCUAUGGGCAGCAUGAUGCAACUGCAGCAGACCUUCAGAGGACCAGAGUUUGCCCACAGCUUGUGCGAUGUGGAGGGCCCGUUUGCCAAUGUCAGCAGAGAUGACUGGGACGCUGCUGUGGCCAGUCUGCUGCAGGUGUCUCCUCACGUGUCCCAGGCGUUAUGGAGCAACACGGUGCGCUGCUACCUGAUCUCUACCCAGGAGACACAGGCAGAGCUGGACAUCUUCACCCAGAGCUACUCUCCCAGGCUGCGGAGUCUGUGUGAGGGGCUGGGCCAUUUCUACCUGAACAUCUGUUUCCCUGAGGAGAGUGCAGCCUCCUAUGCACUGGAACGCAGACAGGAGAUGGAGAGGAGCUCUGUGUGUGUGCUCCUCCUUAAAUCCUCCGUCACGAGUUGUGUGUUGGAGGAUGCGGAGGAGGCCUUUGUGAAGAACCCAGACGGUCAUCCCCUGGUACUCUACCUCAGGACCGUGGAGGCCCACCCUCUCAGCGGCCCCACCAGACAACUGCUGGAGAGGGUCAACGCCGCAGACAAGGCAGCCAAAGUCAAGGUAGUGGACCAUGGUGGCUCCCCAGAGGAAGGAGCGUCUAUGAUCUACACUCAGCUGGAGAAAGUAAUCAAACAGGAGCUGCUGGGUUUGGAGGGCAGCGACGUGGACGGUAAGGAUUCGGGGAUAGACGAGGGGCGCGAGGAGGAUUCGGGGGACGUGCUGUGGGACCUGCAUGAUGAGCAGGAGCAGAUCGAGGCCUAUCAGCAAGCCUGCAGCGCCGCAGCUCAACUGGGCUUCCAGAAGUACAUAGAUCGUCUGAACGACAUGGUGGCAGCCCCUCCACCCACCCCUCCACUGCUGGUAUCAGGGGGACCCGGCUCUGGGAAGUCUCUCCUGCUGUCCAAAUGGAUUGAGCUGCAGCAGAAGCACUCCCCCAACACGUUGUUCCUGUACCAUUUUGUGGGGCGACCUCUUUCCACCAGCUCUGAGCCCGUACUCAUUAUUAAACGCCUCACUGUCAAGCUGCUGCAACAUUUCUGGUCCAUCUCUGGGUUAUCCAUGGACCCCUCCAAGAUCCUAGAGGAGUUCCCUCGCUGGCUAGAGAGACUGUCUUCCAGACACCAAGGCAACAUCAUCAUCAUCAUCGACUCCAUUGACCAGAUACAGCAAGCAGAGAGGCACAUGAAGUGGCUGAUCGACCCCUUGCCGGUCAACGUCAGAGUGGUGGUGUCUGUCAACGUGGAGACCUGUCCCCAGGCCUGGAGACUGUGGCCCACCCUCCACCUGGACCCCCUGAACCCCAGAGAGGUGAAGAGUGUCAUCAACACGGAGUGCCUGGCAGCUGACGUCAAACUCACUAAAGACCAGGAUAAGAAACUGGAGAGACACUGUCGCUCUGCAUCCACAUGUAACGCCCUGUAUGUCACCCUGCUAGCCAAGAUGAUCACCAACUGUAGGUGUGCCUGGUCGUUGGAGAAGACUCUAGAGCAGUGUCUGCUGUGUCAGGACACCAUGUCUCUGUACAGCUUGGGCCUCAAGGUGGCGCUAGAUUCUCUCAGCACAGACGGGGAGAGACACGUCAUGAGAGAGAUGCUGUGUCUGGUGUGUGCCAGUCACAACGGUGUGAGCGAGUCGGAGGUGCUGGCGGUGUUUCCAGACCUGGGCCUGCCUGUCCUCUCCUCCCUCCUCUACACCCUACAGAGACUCUGUAUCGUUGGCCUGGGCUGUGGACUCAUCAGGUUCCAGCACCUACAGGCUGCGGAGGCCGUCCGGCUGGAGUUUAUGGAUGGAGGGACCUGCUCUCCUGCCUACAGAGAGAAGCUCAUCCACUACUUCAGCCAGCAACUCAGUCAGGACAGGGUGACAUGGCGGGUGGCAGACGAGCUGCCCUGGCUACUCCAGCAGCAGGAGGACAGGGCCAAGCUGCAGCUCAGCCUCCUUAACCUCUUUGUCUCCCAGAACCUCUACAAGAGGGGCCAUUUCUCUGAGCUGCUGGCCUACUGGCAGUAUGUGGGCAAAGACAAGAGCUCCAUGGCCACUGAGUACUUUGACUCUCUGAAGCACUAUGAGAAGAGCUGUGAGAGUGAGGACAGCAUGAUCAGGCUGGGCAACCUGUAUGAGACACUGGGUCGCUUCCUCAAAGACUUGGGCCUGCUCAGUCAGGCGGUAGCUCCCUUACAGAGGUCUCUGGAGAUCCGGGAGACGGCCCUGGACCCGGACCACCCCAGUGUUGCCCUGUCCCUACACCAGCUGGCCGGGGUUUAUGUCCAGUGGAGGAAGUAUGGCAAUGCAGAGCAGUUCUACAAGCAGGCCCUGGAGAUCAGUGAAAACGCCUACGGCUCAGACCACGCCUGUGUCGCACGCGAAUUGGACUCCCUGGCCAUGCUCUACCAGAAACAGAACAAGUAUGAGCAAGCCGAAAAAUUGAGGAAGAGGUCUGUGAGGAUUCGCCAAAAGACUGCCCGCCAGAAAGGCCAUAUGUAUGGCUUCACUCUGCUGCGUCGGCGGGCGCUCCAGUUAGAGGAGCUGACUCUGGGUAAAGACACAGCAGAUUGUGCCAAGACCUUCAACGAGCUGGGAGUCCUCUACUACCUCCAGAACAACCUGGAGGCGGCCAAAGUGUUCCUGACUCGUUCUCUGGAGAUGCGUCAGCGUGUGUUGGGGCCGGACCACCCUGACUGUGCCCAGUCCCUCAACAACUUGGCGGCCCUACACACUGAGAGGAGAGAGUACGAGACCGCAGAGGACAUGUACGAAAGAGCCCUGGACAUCCGGAAGAGAGCCCUGUCCCCUGACCACCCCUCCCUGGCCUACACCCUGAAACACCUGGCAAUGCUCUACAAACGCAGGGGGAAGCUGGAGAAGGCUGUUCCUCUGUAUGAGCUGGCUCUGGACAUCAGGGAGAAGAGUUUUGGACCAAAACACCCCAGUGUGGCCACAGCAUUGGUUAACCUGGCUGUACUCUACUGCCACCUGAAGAAGCACAGUGAAGCGCUGCCCCUGUAUGAACAGGCUCUCAGAGUGUAUGAGGACAGUCUGGGACGCUCACACCCACGUGUCGGAGAGACGCUGAAGAACCUAGCUGUACUCAGCUAUGAGGAGGGGGACUUUGAGAAAGCAGCAGAGCUCUACAAGCGAGCCAUGGAGAUCAAAGAGGCGGAGCCAUCUCUGGUGUGUGGGAAGGCCCCGUCUCGGCACUCGUCCAGUGGGGACACGUUUAGCCUACGAGGGCCCGCCCCUCUCCCACAUGCCCCCAGGUGAUCCCUCCAUCCAUCUCCUCACCCCUAGGGGACCUAGAACACUGGGGCUCUUUCCCAAUUUGUCUUCCCUCGAUUCCACGUGUGACCUUUCCUCAUCUCCUUAUAGAAAUGCAUGGGUGGAGAAGGUCCAAGGGUAGGGACCUUGGAUCUUCUCCUCCAACAAUGUUCUUUGAGAAGAUGGUGAGAUAGGGUCUGGGGAAUCACAGAAAGAGAAUUGAAAUAGAGCCAGGGUCCACAAUCUGCAUUCCUGAGAAGAACGUCCAUGGAACUCUCAAUGGUUCUUUAUGCUGCUUUGAGACGGAACAGUGUUGUAAUGUCGCCUGUUAAGUGUACUGUAGCUAACUGCCUUCAUGAAAAUAUGAAGUAUGCUUUAUUUAAUGUCUGUUAAAUGGCUGUAUUGUGUUUGUUUUUUUAAAGAUAUAUAUUAUUAAUGUAAUCAUGUAUUAUUAUUAUUAUUAUGAAAGAAUGUGAAAUGAUGUCAACACCGCCCUUGUCAGGGCCUGAAACUCAGGUUCAGAAGGUUUUUUUAUUCUAUAUUUAUGAAUAUUUCCAAAUUACAAUAGCUCACUGUUAGUACCUAAUGGAAGUGUGUAACUGUUGAAAUUACAUUUUGAAUUUGAUAAUGGUAAUUGGAUAAUGAUUCAUCAAUGUCACCAGUCGCUCUGGAUAAGGGUGUCUGCUAAAUGACCGAAAUGGAAAUUCCUACAGCUGUACACUUCCAUAGUGAGGGAAAAAGUAUUUUGUAUGUUUGCCCACUGACAAAGAAAUGAUCAGUCUAUAAUUUUAAUGGUAGGUUUAUUUGAACAGUGAGAGACAGAAUAACCAAAAAAUCCAGAAAAAUGCAAAAAUGUUUUAAAUUGAUUUGCAUUUUAAUGAGGCAAAUAAGUAUUUGACCCCCUCUCAAUCAGAAAGAUUUCUGUCUC